CUGUAGAAAUUUGAUUGCCAAUUUCAUACCAAAUGAGUGUUUACUGUUAGAGUGGUAGAUGGUGUUGUAAAGGGAGGGGCAGAUAAGGAAACAGGAAAGUUGUGAAGAAGAAUGUUGGCUGGGUUUUCUUCAUCAUCAACAUUGUUGUCACCAAGGCAUAGAUUAUCAUUACUAAGGAGUGAUCCGUCUUCUUCGCCCGAACAGUUGAAAGCUUGCAAUUUGCCUUCAAUGAGCACACAUAGAUUGGAUUUGCAGCCGUGCAGUGGUUUUCUCAGAAAAGACGCCUCUUCGAGAUCUCAGGCCAUUGUGAGGCCUCCUUCUGUUGUUGGCCUCUCCAUUGAUAGCAAGCAGAACAGCCUUCGCCUUCUCCCACCAUUGCAGAAGAGAAGCUUGAAGAGAUAUGCAGAGCAGGAGAUUUGUGGUUAUGACAACAUAGCAAAGAGGAAGAAGAGGAGGAGGGGUUUGAAGAAAUCUGGGGAUUCCGAAGAUGACGAAGAAGAUCAAGAUAAAAAGGUUUUGCUUUUGGGAAGUGGAAAGUUUUGGUUUUUAUCAGGUGGAAAUGAAUACGAAGAAGAAGAGAGUGGGAGAAUCCAUUGCCAUCAAGAAACAGGAGGAGAACCCUCUGGAGCAAGCACUUCUUCAGAAAGCCCAAGCAAUUAUAGCAACCCCAUUACUGAUCAAGAAAUUGGUAAUAAUGGAUCGAAUCCAACAAAUCCAGGUGAGAGUUCUUCUUUGGCAGAAGAAUCCCAGAAUGGGAUUGAGCUAAUCAGUUUACUGGUGGCUUGUGUUGAUGCAGUAACCUCAAAGAACAUUACAGCCAUCCACCAUUUCAUUGCAAGAUUAGGUGAACUUUCUUCUCCUAUGGGGUCAUCGCCGAUUCGCCGCUUGAUUUCCUACUUCACUGAAGCUUUGGUACUGAGGGUUUCUUGGAAUUGGCCUCACAUCUUCCACAUUUCCCAUCCAAGAGAAAUUCUUGAUGUUGUUGAUGAUGAUGAGAAUGAUUCCACAGCAUUGAGAUUCUUGAACACGGUCACCCCAAUCCCAAAGUUCAUACACUUCACAUCAAAUGAGAUUCUUCUGAGAGUCUUUGAAGGGAAAGAAAAGGUUCACAUCAUAGAUUUUGACAUCAAGCAGGGACUACAAUGGCCUGGUCUGUUUCAGAGCCUGGCUUCCAGGAAUAACCCUCCAAGCCACAUAAGAAUCACUGGGGUUGGAGAAUCCAAACAAGAACUUCUCCGAACGAGCGAAAGACUGUCUGGUUUUGCAGAAAGAUUGAGUCUUUCCUUUGAAUUCCAUCCAGUGGUUGAUAGUCUUGAGGAUUUAAGGCUAUGGAUGCUCCACGUUAAAGAAGGCGAAUCCGUUGCAGUGAAUUGCAUGCUCCAGAUGCACAAGGUUUUGUACAACGGGUCGGAUCGUGCGUUAACUAAUCUAUUGGGUUUGAUCCGAAGCACAAACCCGAUAGCUGUUGUCAUUGCAGAACAAGAAAGUGAUCACAAUGGGCCCACUUUGGAAUCAAGAAUGGCAGAAUCAUUGAAAUACUAUGCUGCUGUUUUUGACUCUCUUGAUUUGAGUCUUCCAUUGGAUAGCCCAGUGAGGGUGAAGAUUGAGGCAAUGUUUGGGCGGGAAAUAAGGAACAUCAUCGGCUGCGAAGGACGGGAAAGGUACGAGAGACAUUCAAGGUUCAGGAAGUGGAGGGAGUUAUUGGGGCAGAAGGGUAAUUUCAGAUGUUUGGGAAUCACAGAGAGGGAAUUUAUGCAAAGCCAAAUGCUGCUUAAGAUGCAUUCUGUAGAGAAAUACAAGGUGCAGAAGGAAGGGGAAGAAGAAGCAUUGACUAUAAGUUGGGAAGAUCAGACACUUUAUACAGUCUCAGCAUGGACACCAUAUGAUGUUGCAGAAAGCUCAUAAUUAUAAUUAUGUUGAUGAUGAUGAUGACGAUGUCUUCAUACACAAAUCACAGGUUUAUUUUUUCUGUUUUGUGGGUGGUGUUUGGAGGUCAGUAUAGAGCAAGAAAGGAAAGGAUAACCA